AUGGAGACUGGCGGAAACACCUCGGACGACAACAUAACAGAUUCUGUUCUCGACGAAGAAACAAGUCUCAUCAAUCUCGUUGUCCCGCCCAUCCUCGUUGUUAUUGGUAACAUGUUCAAUAUUCUCGCCAUUUUGAUCAUGCGCAGUCGUUAUUUCCGGACACUAUCCACAUCCGUUUUCAUGACCGCAUGCGCGGUGAAUGAUGCCAGCAGUUUGCUGAUAUCCCUGACAUCCCAUUGGCUGUCGGUGAAUUUCCCUGAUGCUAUAAUUAGAACGCAGUACUCGCACUACAUGUGUAAGUUCUUCAACUUUUACGGCUGGAGCAACUGCGACUUCAGCAUCAUCGUCACCAUGGCAAUGACGGCCGACCGAGCGUUCGCCAUCAUGUACCCGCUGAAGGCGUCGUCUGCAGACACGAGGAAGCGUGCCAAGAUCGUCCUCGUCAUCAUCACGCUCGUCGUCGUCACCAAACAGUUCCACUUCUGGUUCUCCUCCGACAUCGUCCCCGCGGGGAGGAAAGACCGGAUGUGUGACGUGUUUCCGCCCACGCACGCGUACUGGUAUUUCUAUAGGCGGGUGUGGCCGUGGGUUCACAUCGGCUUCCUCACCGUCUGUUUUGUCAUUAUCAUCGCCAGCAACUGCGUCAUCAUCCGCAGCAUACGCAAGUCGACCGGUAACAAGACGUUCAAAGGCUCGUUCAGUGCCAACUGCGCGCGCAGAACGGACUGUCCGCAGAAGUUCUCAUCGCGCUCCCAAACAAAAUGGCGCCAGACGGCGAUCAUGCUACUGACGGAGUCGUUCACGCUGCUUCUGCUGACGUACCCGUUCUCCGUGCACCUGGCCGUCACGCUGCGAGUGACGGACCUGCAGACGGACAGACAGAAGCAGGCGCUGAACGCCUUCAUCUUCUCCAUUGUGUUCUACCUCCUAUACUCCAACAAGUGCGUCAACUUCUGUCUCUACUUUUCCACCGGCUCGCGGUUCCGCCAGGCAUUGUGGGAAAUACUCAAGUGUCAUGGGUCUCUGAAACACUUCCACACCAACUACUCUGUACCAUCUAGACUUGCCAAUGUCAGUUCUGAGGGAGAUAUUUGCAAUUCCACCAGCUCCCCGCCUACAGAUGGCGACAAAAACGAGAUGGAGUCGUCCUAUCUGUGA